AUGUUGAUGCUGAAAGAAGUGAUGUCACAAAAGGUCAUCCUCAUCCUUCAUGUCCCCCCUCCCUUCGCUGGAUCAGAUUUUGUCCAAUCGCAGAGCAGAAGAGUCGUCGUCAUGGCGACCUCUUCUCCUCCCCCCUCGUCUCCUUAUACUCCUCCUCUCUCUUCUUCUUCUUCUCCUUAUUGGACAGACUUCAUGUGUAGAAUCGAUGCUGUAGGUCACUUUACUCGGCGGCGGGUUUUUGGCGCCGUGCGGGAUGAUGUCACUGUGAUGUCACGGCCGGGUUUUUGUUUUUUCGGCGCCACAUCAGGAGACAUUUCAACCCCGACUCACUUGAACAUGAACAGCAGUGCCAUUAAUCAGAGCAGGAGCGCGUCGGCGAGCGCCCCACAGAGUUACCCUCACUGUUGCCGACGGUGA